AUGCCGCGCUCUGUUCCCCCCAACUUAGUGUCUAUGCCUCCAAAUGAUGACCCAAACCGUGGUGGAAUCGAUAAUCUCUACACUACCUCGCGCACCGCUCCUCCUUCGCCGUCGGCCUUCAGGCGCAACAACAGCCUCCUGUCAGAACCCCAUACCGGCUAUCAGUCGUUAGAGUCUCAUAUGGAAGUCGGGGAAACCACCAGUCUAUUGGGGAAGCCUCGAGAUGGGCGUCGAGGGGUUCCGCGACGAUCGUACACCAGCAUCUCCGCCGUUCCGGGCCCGGAUAGCUAUCUGCGACACUCAUUGACCUCGGGCAGUCUGCGUCGAUCGCGCCACCACAGCCGUGCAAAUUCACAGUCCUUGCGAUUCAGCAGCCGAAGGGGUAGCAUCGAUGAAGAUCGACAUGAAAGCCUAGCGCCCUCAAUGAAGGAUGGAAUGACCGCUUCCUUCCUCGAUGAGCGGAACUGGUACGAUCAGUUCACCUCCACCGAUUGGGUGCACGAUAGCAUCGCCGAUGGAGCCCGUCUGCGGGAGCUGCGCAAGCGCAAGGAUAUCCGAGGGCGACUCCUCGCUGGGUUUGACGGUUCCCAGGGUUGGAUUCUGGUCGCCGUGAUUGGCUGCAUCACCGCUGCGAUCGCCUAUUUCGUGGACGUGACGGAGCAUUUUGUUUAUGAUCUGAAGGAAGGCUUUUGCACCACUGGAUGGUCCCGUAAUCGGGAGAGCUGCUGUGCCGAUCCUCUCGACUGCUCCGGAUGGAAGUCGUGGUCACAGAUUCUGGGUUCCUCAGGGGCCGGCACAGGGUGGCUCGAUCACGCCAUGUUUAUACUUUGGAUGGUGGUGCUGUCCGUGAUCUCGUGCUACCUGACAUUAUUCACCAAGACGGUUGUUCCGUCCUCGGUCUCACUUGCAACCUUGGAUGAGAAUCUCGGUGCUGGAAGUAGUCGAGGCACGAAGCAUGUCGGUUCACCCCACGAUUCUCCCUCAUCCUCUGAAAGUCCGCGGGAGCCCUAUCAAACCAUCCCCACGCGCCCGGCAAUGGUCUAUUAUUCUGCGGCAGGCAGCGGAGUCGCCGAGGUCAAAGUCAUCAACAGUGGUUUCGUGCUUCAUGGCUACCUGGGAUUCAAGACGCUGGUGAUCAAAACAAUAGCUUUGGUCUUUAGUAUUUCGUCUGGUCUCAGUCUUGGGAAAGAGGGUCCGUACGUGCAUAUCGCGGCCUGUGUGGGAAACAUUGCUUGCCGUUUGUUUUCUAAAUAUAAUACCAACGACGGUAAGAGGCGUGAAGUCCUCAGCGCUAGCGCUGCCAGCGGUGUUGCAGUCGCCUUCGGAGCCCCGAUCGGCGGAGUUCUGUUCAGCCUGGAAGAAGUCAGCUAUUAUUUCCCGCCCAAGACUCUCUUCCGAACCUUCUUCUGCUGUAUCGCGGCUACUCUUUCUCUGAAGUUUCUGAAUCCCUACGGUACCGGCAAGAUUGUCCUGUUCGAGGUCCGCUAUAUCACUGACUGGGCGAUCUUCGAGAUCGUCGUCUUCAUGCUGCUGGGCGUGCUGGGAGGCGCUGCCGGCGCACUCUUCAUCAAAGCCUCCAGCAUGUGGGCACGGUCAUUCCGCCGGAUCCCGGUCAUCAAGCGCUGGCCUAUGCUGGAAGUUGUCCUCGUUGCAGCGGUGACUGGCGUGGUCAGUUUCUGGAAUCGGUACACCAAGCUGCCCGUCUCCGAACUCAUGUUCGAGCUGGCCAGCCCCUGCGAUCAUGAGUCUCUGUCCUCAACUGGCCUGUGCCCGACCGAAGAUGGAAUCGGCGAGAUCAUCCGCUACCUGCUGGUCGCUUUCGUGAUCAAAAGUCUUUUGACGGUGGUGACGUUCGGGCUCAAGGUACCUGCGGGUAUCUAUGUCCCUUCGAUGGUGGUCGGUGGUCUCAUGGGCCGUAUUGUCGGCCAUGUGGUGCAAUACCUGGUGUUGAAGUUUCCGAAUUUCUUCCUGUUCUCGACCUGUCCGGCAUCCUCGGGCACGGAGUCUUGUGUCGUUCCAGGCGUCUAUGCGAUGGUCGCUGCGGGUGCGACUAUGUGCGGUGUCACGCGCCUAUCCGUCACCCUCGCUGUUAUUCUGUUCGAGCUGACGGGCAGUUUAAACCAUGUGCUUCCAUUUUCACUGGCAGUGCUCUGCGCCAAAUGGACGGCGGAUGCCCUUGAACCGCGCAGUAUCUAUGACCUGCUGACCGACAUGAACUCCUAUCCGUUCCUUGACAACAAGAUCCAGCUUCUUUCCGACGCGGAGCUUGGGGAUAUUGUUCGGCCAAUUCGUAGAAGUCGCAUCAUCGACAUUUCGGAAUCCUCUUUAGUUCCCGCGACUGAGCUGCGCUCCAAGUUGCAACAUCUUCUCAUGGCGGGUGAGCUCGACAGCGGCCUCCCUAUUCUUCGUGACGACAUUCUGUGCGGUAUCAUUCCAGCACCGGAUCUCGAGUAUGCUCUUGACACCAUCGAAGAUGAAGAGCAUACCGUGUGCCUCAUGUCGAUGGACUCCAGCUCGGCGGUGCUUGAUCAGGACUAUGACCAUGGCAUCAUAUGGGUGGACUUCCGUCGGUUCAUUGACCCGGCCCCUAUCUCUCUCGACAUACACUCGCCCGUCGAUCUUGUCUACCAAUGUUUCGCCAAACUUGGAGUGCGCUAUCUGUGUGUCCUUCGCGACGGACAAUACGCCGGCCUGGUGCACAAGAAAGCGUUCGUCAAAUAUGUCAAACAGAACGAGUGA